AUGACAAGGAAAAGCAAAGCUCCAAGUCUAGAAGAAACCAAGGCCCCUCAUGUUAUUGAAGAGACUGUCAAAGGAGAUAAUAUCGAGAACAAGGACAACAAGGACAGAGAUCCAGCUACUGAGACUCGGGACUUGAAGGAUUUCUCAUGUCCCCAGUUUACGGCUCAGGAGUUGGCAGCACCCCUUUCACGUGGGCAGCCACCAGGGCAGAACAUUACAGAGACUACAACAGAUCCCUGGGAGGAGGGAGACCUGAGAUUUGAGCCUUCGAACUCCAUGAUGCACUCAUUCUCCAGCUCUGAAUCAAACCUGAGUCUCUCUGUGGGCUACUUCCCCUGUGAGGACAUCUCCUCCUGUGAGAACACCCUCUCCUGUGAAGAUUCAUCUGCUGAAGGUCCUUCAGUCCACUUUGUCCCUCCUAUCCAAGGGUCGUGGCGGACUGAAAACACAGGGAGGCUCCUAGCAAGACGAGACCAGACACAGGACGGCCCAGAAAAGUUCUGCAAACUCAGCAUCACCCUGGCCUGGGAUGUUGACGUGGCCUCUAACAAUUCAGACUCGACUGCUAACUGUGACCUAAGUGGAGACAACAGAGACAAGCACCCCAAAGAGAAGACACAGAUGACUCUCAGCAAACUGGACGGUCUUGUGCAAAAGCUUGAGAAAUUUCUAGAGAACCAGAAAGAUGACAAAGAUGAUGACUCUGUGUUCCCUGAAUCUGCUCAGGAGGAAGACUCCCAGCUGCCUAGCAGCUCCCUUCCAGGUAUGGCUCAGGUUAGUCAUCCUGAACAUGGUAGCUGUCAAGAUUUGGCCAAAUUCAACCCACUAGAACAUGAAGAUGUCAUCCAGUUUCCACAGAUUCAUCCAAGGCGUCAGAACCAGGAGCUUGCUAAGAUAAUAAGCGAGGCAACUGGCAGCCAAGGGACAGAUAUUGCAGAGACCUCCUCAGUCUCAUCAGGUCUACCAGAGAAGGAGGACACUCACUCCAGCACAGAAGCCCUCUCGUGCCUGAAUUUCGGGUGCGUCUUCCGCUGGCUAAGGCACCAAGUCCUCCCCUCACUUUUGGGAAGACAGGAUCCCAAGAAGGCCACUGAGCGCCCCCAUGAACUGGCACAAAAGAAAAGAUUCUCUCACAGAAGCAAGAGAAUCCAACCUCAAGAAUCCUUCGAAUUAGGACACCCCAUACCACCAGAUUUUUAA